UUUUUUUUUUAAAGUACUAUAUAACUCUGAUCUCUACUAUAAAAAUUUCCAAUAUUAACUCUUGAUUGGUUAGUGAUUAGUAGCCAAAUUAUUUAUCAUUAGAAUGAAAAUGGCUUUGUUGAUUUUAAUUAGUGUAGUGUUUAGUGUUUACUUUUGUUCCUUUGUUUCUGCUUAUGAUCUUGAUCCUCUUCAAGAUCUAUGUGUUGCUGUUCAAGAUUCCAAUGAUUCUGCAGUUUUUGUGAAUGGAAGGUUUUGCAAAGACGCAAAGCUAGCAAAUGCAGAUGAUUUCUAUGCAUCAGGUUUCAAUGUAAGUGGAAUGCCAACACCAACAAAUCUUGGUUUUUCUGUGAAUGCAUUGAACGUAAAUCGAAUGCCAGGACUCAACACUCUAGGCAUUUCGAUGGCUCGUGCUGAUCUUGAACCAUUUGGAUUAAUCUCACCUCACAUUCAUCCUCGAGCAACAGAGCUAAUACUGGUAUUGGAAGGUACUAUCUAUGUUGGAUUUGUUGUUCCUGAUACACGAAAUCCUUUCAAAUCGAGGCUAUUCGAUAAGAUCUUACAUCCAGGGGAUGCUUUUGUGAUCCCACAAAGUAUGGUUCACAUUCAAUACAAUAUGGGAACCACAAAUGCAACACAUUUGAGUAGUUUCAAUAGCCAAAAUCCUGGAGUACACAUGAUCCCUUAUCAACUCUUUGGUUCAAAUCCACCAAUUCUUGAUGAUGUUCUUGUUAAAGGUUUUCAAUUGGAUAAGAAAGUGAUUGAACAUCUUCGAGCUCAGUUCUCCUAGAGUUGGAUUAUAUUCACUGCAAAUUUAAUGAGACAAGUUCUUCUUAGUUCAUAUUUGUUAUUGUAAUUUUUUUCAGUAACUUAAUGAUGUUCUUUUGAAAGUUUUGUUUUGUAAUAUGACAUCUUGUCACACACCUAAAAAGUAAGUGGACUGAAUGUGAGGAUUAAUUCA